UAUAGUAGAAUGGUGUCUGUGUUUAAUACGUCCAUCAUAGUUUCAAUGUUUAAUGAUUAUGAUAGUGUGUGCAGAAUUUUUAUUUCGUCACAAAAAGACCGUAUCUAUUUAGCUAUCUUUCACACCCCUGUUAAAUGAAUUUGGUUUCUUCCAUCAUGGCUACCAUUCAGUGACGAGAAAGCGUCUGCACCACAUCAUAAUGAGUGAGUUAAAGGACUGCCCCCCUCUAAAAUACUACGACUUCAAACCUGUGGAGCAUGUGAAGGUGUGUCCCCGCUACACUGCUGUCCUCGGCCGCUCAGAGGACGAUGGCAUCGGCAUCGAGGAGCUUGACACUCUGCAGCUGGAGCUGGAGACGCUUCUGUCCUCAGCCAGCCGCCGCCUUCGAGCCUUGGAGGAGCAGAGACAGAUCCUCACAGACUGGCAGGACAAGAAGGGAGAUAAGCGCUUCCUGAAGUUAGGAAAAGACCCAGACCCAGCUGCCACCUCUCGCCACAAACCAAAGAAGCAGAAGUUAGAUGGCAAAGGCAGUCACGGGCCAGGUCCAGGUCCUGGCAGACCCAAAUCGAAAAAUCUGCAGCCUAAAGUUCAAGAAUAUGAGUUUACAGAUGAUCCACAGGACAUUCCUCGCACUCCUAAAAAUGAUGCACCCAACAGAUUUUGGGCAUCAGUCGAGCCAUAUUGCGCUGACAUCACAAAUGAAGAGAUUCGAUUGCUGGAAGAGCUUCUGAAACCUCCAGAGGAUGAAGCAGAGUAUUACAAAAUACCAGCCCUGGGUAAACACUACUCUCAGCGGUGGGCUCAGGAGGAUCUGCUGGAGGAGCAGAGGGAAGGAGCACGAGCAAACGACAAGAAAAAGAGUCUGAUGGGGGGGCCUCUUUCUGAACUAGACGCUAAAGACGUUGACUCCCUGUUGAAGAAGUCAGAGUCGCAACAUGAGUCUCCAGAGGAUGGGUGUCCCUUUGGACCCCUCACACAGCGUCUGCUCCAGGCCCUUGUUGAGGAGAACAUUAUAUCCCCCAUGGAGGAUUCUCCUAUCCCCGAUAUUUCAGGGAAAGAUGCAAACGAUGGUGCUGGUACUUCUCCUCGAAGCCAAGGAAAAGCUUUUAGUGUCCCUCAUACACGCUCUCUGGAGGCGAGGAUCAAAGAGGAGCUGGUGGCUCAGGGGUUGCUAGACUCUGAGGAGCGACCUGGACCAGGAGGAGACUCAGAGGACGAGGUUUUGGCAGAGCUGCAGAAGAGACAAGCAGAGCUCAAAGCCCUGAGUGCUCACAACAGAGCCCGUAAACAGGAGCUGCUCAGGUUGGCCAAAGAGGAGAUGCGUAAGCAGGAGCUGAGGCAGAGAGUCAGGGUGUCCGACAAUGAGGUCAUGGAGGGGUUUCGACGAAUCAUGGCCGCCAGGCAGAAGAAACGCACACCGACAAAGAAGGAGAAGGAUCAGGCCUGGAAAGCUUUGAAGGAGAGGGAGAGCAUCCUCAAGCUGCUUGAUGGAUAGGGGGGAAAAAACAGUUUUUGUCAUGUUUAUUUCCCGAAGAAACACUUGAAGAGAGACAAAUUGAUGCAGAUCGGGACAGUUGUGACAGCUGUUUCAUGAGCAGCUGUAUCUGUGAUAAUGUAUGAUAGCGUUUAAAGCAGCUCUGUGUGAUUGGAGUAGUGACAUUUCUUUUUGUACUUCAUGUUGUGUACAGCAGGAUGCUCAUUUGAUAUAGUGUAGUAUAGUACUCAUGACUCAUCAGAGACUUCUUUUCUUUGUGGAUUAUUCUUUUUAUUUUUUUUAUCUUUUUUUAUUUGUUUAACAUUGUAAUGUAACAAAACCGUACACAUGAAUUAAUAAAACAGUGUCACUAAUUUACAUUUUUUUGCC